AUGGUCUCAACAUUUGUCGCCAGUAACGGGAAUUCCAGCACAGUGACUGAAUCCCCCCUUUACGCGAUAUGUUCCGUACAGCUGACCUUGGAUGAGGCCGAUUCCGGUGGGGCCCUGAAGAACGAAGAUGGCGUAUCCGUGCUAUACUUCCCAUAUGCCGACUCCCUCAGGCCUAGUCGACACGGCAGUCUCGAGAUUGAAGAAUCUGUUAACAUUUGGAAGGGGGGAGUUAUUUAUGAGCGAACGGUGACGCCGCCUAAUCUGCCGGAACUCCCCCGAUUCCUUUCCAUGCAAGUUUUGUCUUGCGCUGAAAAGAUCGCUGCUGGAUCGUUACGGUGGUUGGCUCUGGUGGAAAGAAUCCUCUCCGCCUGUGGAAAUCGAGGGGAGAUAUUCAUGGUACUCCCCUCCAGAGACGCGGAGAACGGAUAA